CGUUAUUAUCCUGAACUUGUGGAGGAGACCAACCGGUUUUCCAAAUUAAUUUCCCAACAAAUAUUAACAAACCAAAAUAUCUAAGUCAUCACUCUGCUGAUUUGUCUCCUCAUUUCAAAGAUCAUUCUUCCCUUGCGACCAGUCAGCAAUGGCGCCCCCGGUGAUUUUCUGCCGUGAAAUAUCUCCGUCGCCAGUGAACUCUUUUCUUCAAGCGGAUACUCAGCGUAGUUUACCCACUUCAUCUUUCUCUGCUUCUUGUUUAAGGCUACCCAAGAAUAAUUGUUCACUAGUAGCUAGAUGCUCCUUGAAAUGGCCUGACAAACCAUCAUCUAUAAUCCCUGGAGCAUUGGUCACUUCUACGCCUCAAGAAAUGUCCGCAAAUCCUGUUAUUCCUCAAGGCAAAAUUGGUGUUUUGUUGCUUAAUCUUGGUGGCCCUGAAACUCUUGAAGAUGUCCAGCCAUUUUUAUUCAAUCUUUUUGCUGAUCCAGAUAUUAUUCGAUUGCCAAGAUUGUUUCGGUUUUUGCAAAGGCCACUGGCGCAAUUCAUCUCGGUUGCUAGAGCACCUAAGAGCAAAGAAGGUUAUGCUUCAAUUGGUGGUGGUUCUCCUCUUCGACGGAUAACUGAUGCUCAGGCUGAAGCCUUGAGAAAAGCUCUGUGGGAAAAGAAUGUGCCUGCAAAGGUGUAUGUUGGUAUGCGCUACUGGCAUCCAUUCACAGAGGAAGCUAUUGAACAGAUUAAAAGGGAUGGAAUCACAAAGCUUGUUGUGCUCCCUCUUUAUCCACAGUUUUCAAUAUCUACUAGCGGUUCAAGCCUUCGCCUGUUAGAGAGUAUAUUUAGGGAGGAUGAGUAUCUUGUCAACAUGCAACACACGGUAAUACCCUCAUGGUAUCAACGGGAAGGAUAUAUCAAAGCCAUGGCAGAUUUGAUGGAAAAAGAGUUGAAUAGUUUUGACCGUCCUGAGGAGGUCAUGAUAUUCUUCAGUGCUCAUGGUGUCCCAGUUGCAUAUGUAGAGGAAGCAGGUGAUCCAUACAAGGCUGAGAUGGAGGAAUGUGUGGACUUAAUAAUGGAAGAACUUGAGAAGAGAAGGGUACAUAAUGCAUAUACUUUGGCCUAUCAGAGUAGGGUUGGACCUGUUGAAUGGCUGAAACCAUAUACUGACGAGACAAUAAUUGAGCUUGGGAAGAAAGGGGUAAAGAGUAUUCUUGCCGUGCCAAUAAGUUUUGUAAGUGAGCAUAUUGAGACAUUAGAGGAAAUUGAUGUUGAAUACAAGGAGCUAGCAUUGGAGUCUGGAAUACAGAACUGGGCACGUGUUCCUGCCCUAGGUGUUGAACCCACUUUCAUCUCAGAUUUGGCAGAUGCAGUGAUCGAAAGUCUUCCAUAUGUAGGAGCAAUGGCAGUCUCAAAUCUUGAAGCUCGCCAGUCAUUGGUCCCUCUUGGCAGCGUGGAAGAGCUAUUGGCAGCAUAUGAUUCACAGCGCAGGGAGCUGCCACCUCCUGUAACAGUCUGGGAAUGGGGUUGGACAAAAAGUGCAGAAACGUGGAAUGGAAGGGCAGCAAUGUUGGCAGUUCUUGUGCUGCUGGUGCUAGAAGUAACAACUGGAGAAGGCUUCCUGCACCAGUGGGGUAUAUUGCCUUUAUUCCGCUAGCCACUUACAUCCUAGUCUCCCCCUCGAAGGACUUCUUCCCUUCUGUCCCUGCUGUCUCUCUUACACAUGCAUAUACACAUACACAUAGACGUAACUGUUGAGAUCUUGAAAAAUGACAGAAAUUGGGAAUGAAUUAAGAAGUUCUAGAAUGUCUAAUCCUUAACCACUCUUCUAUUACCAUCUAUUUCUUUUUAAGUCUUUUUAGCAAAAAAAAGCCUCCAUUUCAUUCCCUUGAGGCCAAGUGAGCAGGUUUUGUGAGAUAUACACUACAUUGGACUGAAGCAGGUGUCCUGAUAGAUAGAGAAGGGUGAGAAAGAUCAAGGAUGGUACGGACUAUGAAGAGAAGAAACAAAAGAGCAAAUUCAUCUUCGAAGGUUUAUCAUCUUUCUAUAACUUUUAGCAUCUAUACGCAACCUGUAAAUUUUCCUCUCUUGCUCCAAUUUUCUGUCAUUUGAAUUCCAAAUCCAUGUUGUAACAAUUCUAUGUAUCUGAUUAUUUGCAUACAGUAUUCCGAUUGAAUCCCUAAGAAGCAAGAACAAUACAGUGGCAGAUGUCUACAAUAAUCU